CGCCGCAGCGGAUCGGGGCGCGUAGCGGAACUGCUGAGUGCUGCUCGGCGGUGCUCGCUUGAUAACGCGCAGCGGCGCCGCGGAUUCAUCUCCCCGGCCGACGCGAGAGAGCCACCGCUUGCAAGCCCAACUGCUUGGCAGGGCGAGAGACAAACUAAACGCCAAAGAGCCCCCAGCCUCUGCUCCUGCCCGGUUUUAUGUUAUUUUAUCUUCUGUAAUUAUUUCGGGGAAAAAAUAGCAAAAAAAUACAUCGCCGUGGUUUUAGCAAUUCGUGCCGCAUGUGCAGUUGUUCCCAGCACAGCCUUGAUAAACAAAGGAAAAGGGGGAGGGGGCCCGCAUUUCGCAGAAGACAUGCGUUCUGUCAGGAAGCGGUGGACUGUGUGCACCAUAAGUCUCCUCCUCAUCUUCUAUAAGACGAAAGAAAUAACGCGGACCGAGGAGCGCCAGGAGGCACCUCUUGCCGGAGAUGGUGAACUGACUUUGAGUAGAUCAGUGAUCAAUAGCUCUGAUAAGAUAAUUCGAAAGGGUGGCUCCUCAAUCUUCCAACAUGCUGCAGGAGAUUGGAAAAUCAAUUCUUCUUUAGUAAUGGAGAUAAGGAAGAACAUUCUUCAGUUCUUGGAUGCUGAAAGAGAUGUCUCAGUGGUCAAAAGUAGCUUCAAGCCAGGAGAUGUAAUUCAUUAUGUACUGGACAGACGUCGCACUCUAAACAUUUCUCAGGAUUUGCACAGCCUUCUCCCUGAAGUUUCCCCAAUGAAAAAUCGCCGAUUUAAAACCUGUGCAGUUGUUGGGAAUUCUGGCAUCCUUCUAAAGAGUGGUUGCGGAAAAGAGAUUGAUAGCCAUGACUUUGUAAUAAGGUGCAAUCUAGCUCCUGUGCUGGAGUUUGCUGCCGAUGUGGGAACUAAAUCUGAUUUUAUUACCAUGAACCCAUCAGUUGUACAAAGAGCAUUUGGAGGCUUUCGGAAUGACAGUGACAGAGAAAAAUUUGUGCAUAGACUAUCCAUGCUGAAUGACAGUGUCCUUUGGAUCCCAGCUUUCAUGGUCAAAGGUGGAGAGAAGCAUGUGGAGUGGGUUAAUGCAUUAAUCCUUAAGAAUAAAUUGAAAGUGCGAACUGCCUAUCCAUCACUGAGACUUAUUCAUGCUGUCAGAGGCUAUUGGCUGACAAACAAGGUCCACAUUAAACGACCCAGCACUGGUCUCCUCAUGUAUACACUUGCCACCAGAUUUUGUGAUGAAAUUCACCUGUACGGAUUUUGGCCAUUCCCAAAGGAUUUACAUGGAAAACCAGUCAAGUAUCACUAUUAUGAUGAUCUGAAGUAUCGGUACUUUUCUAAUGCCAGUCCUCACAGGAUGCCAUUAGAGUUUAAAACAUUGUAUGUAUUACAUAAUAGAGGAGCACUUAAAUUAACAACAGGGAAAUGCAUACAGCAAUAAAGCACAUGUAAAGUACAAUAAGUAUAGAAUACACAUCUCAUCAUAAAGAUGUUGUGGAAUGGCGUUGGAACCACAGUGGGGAUUUGUUUCAAUACCCAUUAAGUAAUUGGAAAAAGGUAUUAUAUCAGAAGUACAUAACCAGCUAUUAUACCUGUAAAGUGCUAUAUAACUGAGCUAUCUUGACUGCAAAGGUUCAAGUAAGUGCCAUUUUCACUAAGAACAAAGCUUGAAUGUAUGCUCAGUAGUGUUUACAGAAUACAGUGACACAUUCAUCAUGAAUUGAAGAAGAAAAAGAGCCUACCAAUUUGCAACUGUGAUCAGACAGCCCACACAAGAAUACCCAGUAGAUGGAAUAUUUACUUGAGUAAGUAAAUUAGGCUUUGGCAGAAAAUAUUAUGAUGGUUUUAAAUAGAGAAAGUGAAGUCUGUUAGAUCAAACAAAUCAGUAAAUGCCUUCAGUCAGAGAACUGUUUCUGAUAUUGUAUAAUAACCUCACCUUUGCUUGCUGUUUUUCAUACUGCCAUAGGUUGCGUUUUGUUGCUUUUAAGUUUUUGGAGCCUUAAAAGAUUUCAAGGAUGUUAUGAGUAAUUACAUUUUUUAUCUUACAGAUUUGUCUUCAGGAAAAAAGUUUUGUUAAGUGUGGGAAGGUAGAGGGAAACAUCAAAUAUUUUAUUAAGUGUUUUUUGUGUUGUAUCCUGCUGUCAGACAAUCCUUAACAUCCCAAUUGUUUUUCUAGCCACUGUUGUCAGUACUCAUUACAUGAAUCCAUGCAGAUAUCAUUUUGAUGUGUCUUAAAGAGAAGUUUUUCUUUCCUGUACAGAUUUGAAGACAUACGAGAGGAUGCCCUUGUUUUUGGUGCCAAAGAUUACUUUAAUACAUACUUUUUCCUUAUCUUGGAGAAAUGAUAUGGAUUUUUGUUUCUUUGCUGCUUAAGGGAACAUGUUCUUUGUUAUUUAUAUUUUUAAGCAUCUCAGAUCAAAGCCUCUUCACUGACUUCACAUAUAUUUUCUGAUUUCUUCAGAAAAAUCUGCAGGAGUAAAGAAAUUACUUCAUGCAUUCAAAGAUACAUGUGUGUGUAUAUAUAUAUACAAUUUUAUUCUUGGCAGAAAGGAAAAGUCUUAAGAAACUCAGGUGACAGUGGAACUAAAGGAAAAAAAAGACCUUGCCAAUUAAUAGAAAAAAUUGCUGAUCAUACAGUUAUUUUAAACUUCUAAUGCUUUUAAAUUAUCUCUUUGCUUAAUAUACCUGUUUUGUAUUAUCUAGAUGUUCUGACGUGUAACUGACUGAAAUAGUGCAGAGCUACAUUAUCUCACAGUUGUUUUUUUUGAUCAUCAGUCUUGUUUAUCCAAAAAACCAAGAGUUCUUUCACUUCCUUCUUUCCAAAACAAGAGAACAAGAAAUUACAGGAGCAUGGGAGAGGGUGGAGUAUCAGUACAGCAUACAUUAUAAACAAAAUUUGUCAUCCUAUGAUUUUUUUAGUGCUGAAGGGGCACAUACAUGGGUAACAUCAUGGUUUCACAUCUUUCCUGCUAUGCUCGGCUAAGGAGUAUGCAUGCAAGUAUAAUGUAUGGAUAUUUUCUUUUUAUGUUUCCAGAGUUACAUUUGGUUCCAGUCUCCGAAUAUGGUAUUCAGUGUAUCUACUAAAUGUUGAAUUAGUUUCAGCAAUUUCAUAUGUAUCACCAUUCUCACAAACAUUGCUAGCUCUUCCGUUUUCUCCUCUUAAGCUCAUGUAUUUCAUCAUGCAUGAUUGGAGAUCUGCAAUUAUGCAGAUUUGCUAGCUAAAUCACUGCCUUGCAGCCAAAUAUUACAAGAAGUAGAAAGUCAGUUCUGUUAUAUGUAAGACAUAGUAACCAGACUCUCAUAUCUAGGACAGUUUACUUUGGCCACAUGCUAAUGUACAAUAAGCGGUUCAAAGAUGAAUCUCACUGAAAUCAAGGCAUCAUGAGGAACUAAACAGCCAUGCAGACCGGAAUGUGUUAAAUUUGCUGUUAAACCAGAGGGUGCUAUUUGUUCAGUAUGUACACCUUCAUUUUAAUACAAAGUUAUUUCUUCGAUGAAGGGUGAACAUAUUCCUGUUCUUGCUGUUAGGGUUUUGCUACUGUUGAUCUUUUAAAGCAUAUUUCAUAUGCAUUGACAAAACUGUUAUUGAAAUAAAUAAUUCACAGACUGCCAGUCUCUCAGAAACUCAGAGAAACAUCUGCUCAACUCUUCUCUUCUGGGAAUGUUUUUUCUUCUCUUUCGUGUCAGGCCAUCGACAAACAGCAUGCUCAAGUAAUCUAAAAUGCUACCUGACACAUGAUUUUGUUCACCUGUGGAAGGUUUGAAUAUGCCUUGAUUUUUGUUACAUAUUGAUUAUGUAUCUUGCAGCAAAGUCUUCAUGUGAGCUUUACUUUAGUACAUAAGCCAUGGAAUCUAGAUUUUUACCGUGUCACUUAACUUCUCUGACUUGGUUUGGCAAAAGACGUUGACAGUAGCGCCUGCUUCAAGGACAACAGAGUUUUCCCAUACCUCCUUAAAACUGGGCCUUAACCUCAUCUUCUGCAGGCUUCCUACCUUCAGUACUGCAUUCUUGGACACCGUGAGCCAUAGGCUCAGGACACUCUGCUGUCAUCCACGCUCAUCCUUCUCACAGCACUCUCCCCUCACACCAGCACCUAGGUGUGCCCCCCUACCAAAACCAUGGGACUCCACAUCUCUUCUCUCACCUGCCUCAGUUUAUCCCGAGCUGAGGUGUGAUGUAGUGAGGAGUGGGUCUCAAAUUAUUCUCUGGGCAACUCUGUAGCAGUUCUAGUUUUUGACCGUGUGGGUUUUCACAAGCACUAGGAGUAAUUUUGCACUAUUGGUCUUGUAUAAGAUCUGUGUCUGUGUGGAGCCCGGAGAUACUAGAAGGCUUCCAGGUGUGUGGUUUGUUUUGCUACAAAUUGUUUCGAGAUACUUUGUCACCACCAGUUUGGUCUAAGGCGACCUGAGGUGAGACAUGCCCAGGACUGUCCCUGUUGUUUGCAUUAUACAGCUGCGAAGCAGUAGCAAUUGCAGACGUUGUUCUUGUAUUUCCCUUCUACCUCCUGGGGCUCUUCGAGCAUUUCCAUUAAGGCACUCCAGGACCUAACUGAAAAAACAGAUUACUUCCACUGUGUGACUUUUUCCCUAAAGGUGACCCAGGGCAUUGCAGCAAAACCUUAACUGCUGUAUAGAGACUUUGAGGUAGAACAGAUUUCACUUUGUGGUCCUUCACUGGUUAGCAGUCAACAGUUUAAGCCUUCAUAGCUGCCUUGGGUGAUUUCUGUUGUUUAUCUACAUUCACAACUCUGCUGCCCACAACACAGAGGAGAUAAUAAAUUUAUAAUUUCCACUUUUAUAAUCCAAUAGUAUCAACAACUAGUAGAAAGUAGUAGGAUAAAAAGAAAAAUCCCUAAUGUUGUAAUGUUAUCUGCCCUGGUGUGAAACAACUGAAAUGCCAGUCAGUUGUGUUCAGAGUGUUCCUCAAAUUUAUCCUCUCAUCAACUAUAUCAACUGCCUGCUGUAGUUCCUAAAUGUGCAUUAAAAAUAGGAACUGGAAACUAAAUCAAGACAGCAGAACACGUAUAUUUUUCCAAAGCUUAUGGCAGCUUUGCAUUAAGCAACUUGAUUUCAUUUAGAUAAAUUGAUUGUAAAUCUCUUAUUAAGACAUAUGUUAAUGUUCACAUGACAGUCUUUCUUAUUUUAUAUAAAUAAUAGAUAAAUGUUUGAUUGUUAAUUUUUCAGCUUGGGGACAGUUCUCUUCCACAGCUCUGAGCCACUCUCCAGAUAUAAGAUCUACUUAACCUUUCAAAUCUGAAUCUGACAUGUAGUAACAACUGUGUCAUUCUUUUGUUAAACUAUAUAAGCAACAUGUGCUUGAGGUCAGUACUUUUUCUGUAAUUGACUGCAAUUUGAAGAAAAACAAGUGUGGGUUCAGUACCUGUUUUUAGUGGUUGAUCUAGCAAAGUGCUAAGCUGUGCUCUUUGUGCUGACUUUCCUGGCAGAGAUGUGUCCAGGAUUUAGAUGGGGAUCAAGAUUAGCAUAUUUCAGGAUAGAAAUCUGAAAUUGCACAUAAUUUAUUUUUAAGAGCACUGUUAACUUUGUGUAGGGAAAAGCACAAUUGUUAUAAAUGUAGGUCAAGGAGAGUACUAUACUGAGUGUAUAUCAUACAAUUUCUGUGGUUUAAAGUAUUGAUACAAAUUCUCUCAGAAUUUACAUGUUUGACACUGUUAGUCUUAUUUCAAGUACAGCUAUGGGGAUUGUUUUUUAUUUGUAUAACUGAAAAAUAAAAAUUUCUUUUCAUGUUUUCUGCUAUAUUCUGUUCCAUAGUCCUUUGUAACACAGUUAUGGUAAUUUUAUCAAUCUUGUGCUAAUUGUAAAAAUCUGGAAGAAGAGUGUCUGCUCCUUUAAUCAGGGACUUUCUCAACACAAAAGGGGAUAUUAAGAAAAGGACGAA